CUCAUUUUGUCUAUUGCAUUCUCGAUUGAUAGAGCGUUAGAUCUAUACUUCUGUUUUUCUUUCUCUUCUUUGUUUACUUUGAAAGCACCCCCCCAUACUCUGUAAUCAUGUCCAAAGGCUCGUUCUCUGCCCCGCCGCAGGUCCUCUCCCUCCAUGGCCUCCUCUCCGACUUUGACGGCACGAUUAUCGACUCGACAGAUGCAAUCGUCAAACACUGGCACAAAAUCGGCAAGGAGCUAGGCGUCGACCCCCAGACGAUCCUGGCUACGUCGCACGGCCGCCGCAGCAUCGACACGAUGCAGUUGUACGACAAGUCCAAGGCGAAUUGGGAGUGGGUCAGCGAAGUCGAAGGCCGCAUCCCGAAAGAAUACGGCUCCGACGCGGUGGAAAUCCCCGGCGCGCGGGCCUUACUGAGCAGUCUCGACGAGGCCGGCGCGCGCUGGGGCGUCGUGACGUCGGGCACACGCGCGCUCGUCGACGGCUGGCUGGACGUGCUGGGCCUGACGCAUCCGCGGAUGUUGAUCGUGGCGGAGGAUGUGGAGCAGGGGAAGCCCGACCCUGGGUGCUAUCUGCUUGGGCGCGAGCGGCUGGGUCUAUCCGAGAGUGAGAAUGAGGUGGUUGUGUUGGAGGAUGCGCCGUCGGGGAUCCGCGCGGGCAAGGCGGCCGGGUUUAAGGUGUUGGCGCUGACGUCGACGCAUUCGCUGGAGCAGUGUUUGGAGGCGGGGGCGGAUUUGGUGGUCGAGGAUUUGAGGAGUGUUUCUGUGAGGGGAGUGGAGGGGGGGAAAUUGUUGUUGGAGGUGAGGAAUGCCUAUCAGUAG